GCUCACCGUUUCGCUCCCCUAGUCCCCUCGCUCACCUGGCCGGCCGCCCCAUCCCGUCCACCCAAACCCAUGGCGGCGAACCAGGGCGAGGGCGAGGGCGAGGCGGCCCCGCAUCACCGGGAGCCCGGCCAGCGCCGCCCGAUGUGCGGCGUCUGCACCAAGCCCCUCCGCCUCUGCCUCUGCGGCCGCCUCCGCCGCCCGCCGCUCGACACCACCGUCGGCGUCACCGUCCUGCAGCACGUGAUGGAGGCCAGCCACCCGCUCAACUCCACCCGCGUCGCCCGCCUCGGCCUCCGCAACCUCGCCGUCGCGCAGGUCAGCGACGUCAACCACCGAGCCAGCUUCCACCUCCGGACGCUCGACGGCGCCGCAGCAUCGGGUCGCGGCCACGCCGCCGCCGCCGGAAAUCGUGGCCGUUCCGACGUGCCUGGGGAGAUUCACGUGCCGGAGGACGGAAGAGGCGGCGUUGCUGGUCCUGAGCCAUGCGAAGGUGAAAUAUUAGACUCUGCAAUACGCCCUGCCGGAAUUUCUGGCGAAUUAGAUGGAGAAAUUAGUUGUGCAGGAUGUGAUUUUGUGAUGAAGGGAAUCAAUGCUUCUGGUGAUUUGGAUAUGAAAGAUGCGAAUCUUGGAGGUUCUAGCGAUAGCGGUACUGAAAGAUUGGAUCUUGUGGAUGUGCCUGACAGGAUUGGGUGUGAUUUGGAUGGAGAGGUUUGUGGUGUUCAGAGUGACUUGAGUGGCAAUGAAGGUUUCAGCUUCCAGAAUAUGAAGGGUAAUGGGCAUUGCUCGGAUUCUGAAAGACUGGGCUCUUCAGCAAACCAGAUAGGAACCUAUUCUGUUAAUGCCAUCAAUGGUGAAAUUCAUCAUAGUAUGGAUAAGGGGAUGGCACACAAGCUAAAUGGAGAUUUUCCUCGUCAAUUGGUGGAAAAUGUCUUAGAGUUUCAGGUGGCAGCUGUCCAGAAUUGCAAUGGUGUAUGCAGAGAAGAUGCUUUCAUUGGUGCUGCUAUUCGGCAAGGUUGGACUAUGAAAAACAUGGAUAAGUGCUCUAUUUCCUACACAGAGAAAGAACUCAAGAUUGAUAUUGAGCGUGGUGUGAAGCCCAAAAUCAGAUGGUUGUCAAGAGGUCCACUUGGUCAGUCAGCUGUCUCAAAUGGUUUUACCGUGACGAAAAUACAAAUGAAGAAGUCAAAACUAACUGGGGAAGUUUCAGUGUUUGAAGAAUUCUCAAUCACCAUACCACCAAAGUCAGCUCUUCUAUUCCCAUGCCAGAGGGCAAUCAGCAUUGAUGCUUCAGAUUGUCAGGUACAGCAUUUGAUUGUGUUGGAUGGAACUUGGGCAAAGGCGCAACGUAUGUACCAUGAGAAUCCAUGGCUACAACUUCUGCCACAUGUGAAGCUAGAAUCAGGUGGUGUUAGCUUGUAUAGCGAGGUGAGGCAUGAGCCAAGGGCUGGGUGCUUGUCUACCAUUGAGAGCAUAGCUGUUGCCAUGCGGAAACUUGGAGAAGAUAAAAAGGGGCUAGAUGAUCUGCUGUGUGUUUUCGAGUCAAUGAUUGCUGAUCAACGGAGAUGCAAGGAUGAGAAUUGGAAACAAAAACUUGAGGCCAAGACAUAAGAUGACCGUUGUUUUUUUCUUGUCUGAUUCUGUUGAUGAUAUCUGGAUGCAUUUUUCUUUCCAGAUUUCAUCUAUCAUGAUUUAUACUGGUGAUUUUAGUUAAGCUGAAACUAGUCUUGAGACAGUGUACUUCUGCUCUCACCAUUUUCUGAAUUGUAAUUUGUAAGGGCAAAGCUGAUCAUCCCCUCCCAGCCAAAAAAAAAAAAAAGCUGAUCAUCCCCCAGCUUACAAAUACUAUUUUGUAUCGGAUGCAACCUUUUUCUUGGAAUAAUACAGCAAUUCCUGCUAUUAUGAUCUUA